AUGAAAUGCAACUACGGUAAACCUGGCGACAUUUUCUCGACUGCGUUCCUGGUCUUCUGUCCAACAGCGUCGUAUUCGAUCACCAUCUAUUGCGUAGUGAAGCUCUACUUGUUCCUACUGAAAAGUAAAGGGAACAAUAUGCGUUCCGCGAUCAGCAAACAAGUAAUGCAGCGACAAAAGAGCAUUUUGGCCACUAUAUGUAUCCAGGCACUGGUCCCAGUACUCACUUACACGCCAUUGUUCAUCUCGAUCCUAUUUGUCGACAACUCGUGGGGUGGAACAACUUCUGAAGACUCAGAAUGGUUGGUUUGCGAAAAACACAGUUCUAAAGAUCCACCAACAGUGUUAAUAUUCGCUAAAAAUCCAGUCUCAUACCGUUCGCAGUAA